GCCUGCACAACUAUUGACAGAACUUGAGCACAAUUGUCUGUGUGUUCUUCCAGACAUUCGUCACCAGUCGGCAUUCGUUAUAUGUAGGGAGCUGCGGAAAUUUGAAGCAUCUGUACUUCGACCAUCUUGGCCGCCCUGGCUCUGUGUCUUCGAGACGUACACAGACAAUGUCUGUCACAGGCCCAUCAGCCAAUCGUGCCGCGGAAGAAGUGCCAGGCAGGUUCAGAUUCAUAGACAUCGGUGUGAAUCUCACAGAUCCAGUUUUCCGGGGCAUGUACAGAGGAAAACGAAAGCACGAUGACGACUUGUAUGCGGUUCUCGAGCGAUCUCGUGCUGCUGGUGUUAAAUCCAUGAUCAUCACAGGCGGGAGCCUCCAUGAGUCAAGAGAAGCCCUGGAACUAGCCAAGCAACUAGGGCUAUAUGCUACGGUUGGAUGCCACCCAACUCGCUCCAAAGAAUUUGAUACGUUUAAGGGUGGCCCGGACGCAUACCUGAAUGCACUAGAUAAACUGAUCGAAGAUAAUCUGAAGGGGAAGGGCAGGGUAGUGGCCGUUGGGGAGUGCGGCCUAGACUACGAUCGGACUCACUUCGCGCCCGAAGAGGUUCAGAAGAAAUAUUUUCGCGUACAGCUUUCCCUCGCAAAGAAACAUCACCUGCCGCUGUUCCUGCAUUCUCGUGCUGCCCACCCCGAUUUCGUACAAAUUCUCCGGGAGGAAGGGUUCGGCGAUGACGGUGGAAGGCCCGUGGGUGCCAGAGGGGGGGUCGUCCAUAGCUUCACUGGAUCCGUAGCGGAGGCUGAAGAAUAUAUGUCAAUGGGGUUUCACAUAAGUGUCAACGGCUGUUCUUUGAAGACGGAAGAUAAUCUUAUUGCUUGCAAGGCUAUUCGACCCGACAAGAUCAUGGUCGAGACAGAUGCGCCAUGGUGUUCUAUGACGUCCACUCAUGCGUCGAAGAAGCACCUAGAUGCGUUACCAACCGAGUUGCGGGGCCUCUACUUUUCCAGCGCCGUACAGCCAGAGAAAUUCGUCCAGGGGAAAUCAGUGAAAGGCAGAAAUGAGCCUGCUGCUAUAGGCGGGGUCGCCUGGG